GGCGAAGUACAGUACCGUACAGUAGAGGUACGACCAAGGAAUUCCCAACAACCCUACCCAUAGCUUCUCCUCUUUUAAACACGUGACAUGCAAUAUACGAACGCAUAGAACGCAAGAAAGCACCUAUCGUCUCUGUAGAGCUUCAAAGUUAAGAAGGUUGUUUGCAGCAGCUGCUGUCAGCUUUGUUGCGCGUAGUCCAAACCUGUGCAAAGCUUUGUCGCCUACAACUACUCGUAAAUACAAAGGAAUAACAAUGCAGAAAUCCCAGCUGGUAUGUCAGGGCAAUGGCAGGACGAGGUCGUUUGUUAUACAUCAGACCGCCCGAACCCGUUUCACAGCACCUAAAGCCGCCACGUUCUCUUCCGGCAACACGGUAAAAGAUGUUCGAUUAAUAACGGAAGCGGACAGCCCUGCGAACCCACGACCAGGGUUCUCAUACGUAAACCUUGAAGCUAGUGCCGCCGAUUUCGGGCGGGUCAUGGCACGUUUGGAAGCCGCUAGCUUGCUACCAGCAGAGGCCCGAGCCAAGCCGGCGGCCAGCAUAGCUGGGUUGCAAUCUCAGGCCGUUCCUUCGCCUUGGGGCGCUCUGCUCAGCGGGUUGAUGGACAGCCUUCGCGGCGGUGGUCUUUCGCAAACGCCUUCACCUGGAGCCACCACAGCCUCCUCCAGCCUGGACGAGGAGUCCCACCUCAGCCGCGCUGUGGUGAUGUUCACAGCCACAUGGUGCGGCCCAUGUAGCAUUGUGUACCGCGAGAUGCAGGCGGCUGCGGCCCGGCUGCAGGGCCGGCCGCCCACCGCCAUCCUGGUAGUGGAUGUGGAGGAGAACAAGGAGCUGGCCUCACAGCUGGGCAUCAAGGCUCUGCCAACGCUGCUCUACUUGGGCCCGGACGGCAGCCGAGGCCCCAUCUUCACGCAGGGCCCUGUGUCCGCCUCCUUCAUCCUAGACGCGCUGGAGCGGGCAGCUAGCUUUGGCGGGCGGGACAUGAGCGCCAAGUGGCUCAAGCUGUGAGGUGUGGCAGCGCUGGUGAGGGGCGGAGGAGGGCAUCACAGGGGCCCCUGCGGAUGCUGAGCAAUGCGGCACCCUAACCUACCGGUGCUGCUGCUGGUGUAGUCAUGACCAGCUUGGCGGAGCGUGGCGUGGUGGCAAUGGCGAGUAUGGCGUUGAUAGCGCUGGUCUGCUGGUCUGCUGCGCGCCAGCGCUAUACUGGGACUGCAGGGUUGGUUGCGGGCCUGGUGGGGUCGCAUACGGGUCCUUGCUGGCCGGCUGUGGAAGGGUUCAUGGUAGGCGGCGGUGGAAGUGACAAACGGCCUGGCUGGGGCUUUUGCCCUUCAGGGGACGUGGCUUGGUCAGAGCGCGGGUUUUCUUGUUGGGAGGAGGAGCGCAGCGGUGUCCAUCCCGCGGGAUUGCAUUGCACGAUCAAGAUUGUACAAACUUGGUACGUCUUUAUGUGUGGCUUAUGCAUCUUUAGGGCAGUGACUGCGCGCGAGUGAGUAGGCAUGCUUUAUAUCAAAUUAGGGUUUCGAAGAAAAGCAUACUCUUCAGUAGAUCUUUGCAGCAUAAGGGGCAUCUUGCAUGCGGACACGCCAUGCGACUGGCCCGGUUUACGCAUGUAGUAUGUGGACUAUACGAUUGGUAUUUGGCUAAGCGGCCGGAGGCCCAACUAACUUUUCAGCACUUCCUGAUUUGGGUUGCUGUGACGGCAGAUAUGGAUUGCUGUGAAGGGCUCUGCCAUAUUUCCGUACUACUUUCUGUAUGCUUGUUGUAGCUCUGGCGGUGGUGCCAUGUCGGGUGGGGGCCUACCUACUCACACCGUGAGAGGUGGUGUGAGUUGCUCAAGAGGGCAGGGCGGAAAACUGCAGAAGGGACAGAACACGGAUCUGCCCGAAAGGCCUUAUGCAGCCGCUUGACUAAUGCACUUGAGGGCCAAGUGUGCUUUAUGGACGUUAGUAAAUCUUUUUUCUGUUACAGGAGUGAAGAGCUAGUGCAUGUCUGGGAUAGCAUGAAAUCCGUUAGAUAUAAGGUUAUAGAGAUAUCUUUCAUUGAGGUGCAGUACAAGACCAGGUCGACGCAUUUCUUAGUGUUUAUGUUCACGUUUGGGUACUAUUAUGUGGAGUGAUGGUUUGGGGCUACCGUAGUGCGCCGUGUGCUCAAUUGCGCGUGUGUCGCCAAUCGUGGGGUCUCACCUGACAGGGGCCAAGUGACGAAUCCUCGUGCAUAAAUUAUCCUGGGUUUCAUAUUCGUCCCGGCGCCACACAGCUUGGCGCUGUUGGUAUGAAAGGGUGGGUGUAGGAGGGACGGCCUUCCUGGCUUUGAUUGUCGUACACUUUGGCUGUUAUUUGAGCGAAAUGCUCGCUAGACACAGAAUAAUGACCAGCCGCCCAUCCUGUCCAUCAGCCGAGUUGGGUUUGGCUUCUUUUGGUGAUGGUGGGUUUGGCUCAUUCCACCUGAAGCUAGGGGUAGCCUGGUGGCCACAUCCCUCACCCACCGCAUUGCAAGUCUGGUGCGUUCUUAACGUGACAAGUCUGGUGCGACUUAACGCCUAAAGCGUUGCAUGACACUUUACUGGCGGACAUGGUGGCGAGCGGCCUGUAUUAAGGUGCCUGCCUGUGUCGCUGUGUAGCCGCCUGGGCCCAACAUGCAUUCACGCGCUAUGUACGAC